AGUCCCCGCCUGCCUUUCAGCUACGCUACUGGCUGCUUCGGCGCCGGGCCGGACCCGGAAGCGGCUCUUUCCGUCCGCUUGCAGUUUCUGAAGAAGAGGAGGCGGCGGCGGCUGGGGCUGCUGUCCUGCGGCCGGCAGGAUGCUCAACGUCCCCUCUCAAGCUUUCCCUGCCCCAGGCUCCCAGCAGCGGGUGGCCGCGGGAGGGCGCAGCAAGGUACCUUUGAAACCAGGCCGAAGUCUUAUGGACUGGAUUCGAUUAUCUAAAAGUGGGAAAGAUCUAACUGGUCUAAAAGGAAGAUUAAUAGAGGUGACUGAAGAAGAGCUUGCUAAGCAUAAUAAGAGGACUGACUGUUGGAUAUGCAUAAGAGGUCUCGUGUAUAAUAUCACACCGUAUAUGGAAUAUCACCCUGGUGGCGAAGAUGAGUUGAUGAAAGCAGCAGGAGCUGAUGGCACAGAGCUAUUUGAUCAGGUUCAUCGCUGGGUUAAUUAUGAAUCGAUGCUGAAAGAGUGUAUGGUUGGAAGACUGGCACUCAAACCUUUUGCUGCUUUGAAAGAAUCUUGCCCCAUUGUAUCUGAAGAAAACAGAAUCUUAAAUGGUCUGUUUUCUAAAAAGAAAGUCCCAGAUAAUUAUUCCAAAGAAGUAAUUCCCAGUUAUGAUUGGUUCCAGACAGAUAGUUCCAUCACCGUGGUCAUAUACACUAAACAAAAGGAUAUGAACAGUGAAUUGGUGAUAGUUGAUCUUCAAGAACGUAAACUGAGAGGAGAGCUGAUUGUGAAAGACUACUCGUAUCUUCUACAUCUUGAACUGAGUUAUGCAGUUCAUGAGGAUAUGAUAGUACAGGUCUCUGAAAAAGUGGGAAAGGUGGAAUUUGUCCUGAAGAAGAAAGAAAUUCUGUCUUGGAAAAAACUUGGACAGCCAUUGGAAAGUCAUAACUCCUUUGUCAAACGCACAGAGAGAGGUCUGUAUUACAGAAAAUGCAGAUUGCUGUCAAAGACAAAUGUCAGUCAUGACACCCAACUCUUCUGUUUAGCAUUACCGCUGGGAACUCAUCUCCUGGUCCCUGUUGGGCACCAUGUUUACCUCAGACAAACUAUUACAGUGACUCCCGCUGGAUUGAAGUAUGCGAGUGGAGAAGCUACAAGGAGAAAAUGGCAAGCAGUUCUGAAUGGGAAGAAAGGCACAGAGAUAGUGAAGCCAUAUACACCAGUGCCAUCUUUCUUGGUGUCUACAUUCAAAAACCCCUGUCAUGAUGAUCAGUUGCAUAUAUUUUUCAUAAUCAAAAUUUACCCAAGUGGACUAUUCACACCAGUACUUGAUGCCCUACAAAUAGGGGAGUAUAUUUCUGUGAGUAAUCCUGAAGGUAACUUCAUGAAAUCGCAAAUGGAAGAUGUAGAGGAUCUGUUUUUAUUGGCAGGAGGCACAGGAUUCACCCCAAUGGUUAAGCUGCUCAGCUAUGCUCUGACCAGUAGCAACAGCCUCAGGGCAGUAAAAUUUAUGUUCUUCAACAAGACGGAAGAUGACAUACUUUGGAGAAAUCAGCUGGAGCAACUAGCCCUGAAUGAUGCAAGAUUUGAGGUUCAGUUUGUCCUCUCGGAGCCAAAGAAAGGCUGGAAAGGCAAAGAAGGAAAAAUUUCUUCCUCUCUUCUUUCCCAAUUUGUGAAGAGAAGUAAAUGUGAUUCUAAGGUGCUCAUAUGUAUCUGUGGUCCACCACCUUUCAUGGAGCAAGGAAUACAGUUUCUGCAAGAUCUUGGGUAUUCCUCUAAAGAAAUACACUGUUUUACAGCUUAAAUAUGCAUCAUUAAGACCCUAGGUUGUGCACUUCAAAAACAUUGGUUUUUUUAAAAACCCAAGAAAAUAUUAUGCAUGAAUAUCUUGUUCUUUUUAAUGUGAUUACUUGAACUCUUAUCAUAUUUAGGUGAGAGUGGGUUCUUUUAUAUUCUGCUGUUUUGAAAUUGUAUUUAUUUUUGUUACUAUAUCAAACUUAACCAGAAUAUUUUACGGGGUAAGUAAACUAGCACGUGUAUGUAUUGCACAGAUAUGAACUUAGUCCUCCAUCAAGUCCGAUUUAGUAGCAUCCCUUUGCACUGGUUACUAUGUCUAUAUAGGCACUAGAGACCUUAUUUUAAAUUAUAACUUCACCACUUUCCAAAGUCUCGGCAAUAUAGUAUGAAGUUAUAUGUUAUACAGUUAACUCAGGAAAACAAUCUUACAGGUGUCAUAACGCUGUAGUAUUGUAAAUAACGAGUGUUCUUAUAAUUUAUACGCAAAAUAUUGGUUUUGUAUACUAAAUCACUUUUUGUAUCAUGAUAAUAAAAGCAAGAUGGUUGCGUUUAAAUACA